AUGGUUCAUAGACGAUUACCACGCUCAUCACAAUCGAGAUGGAAUUUCCAAUCACGGGGAGUUAAUACAGUUUAUGAAUACCGAAAUGAACUGAUACACGUUAUGGAUAUUUUAGAGAACGACAAAGAUAUUAAAUUAAAUCCUACGAUUAAGCAAGCAGGUGCUUAUAAACUUAGAUUACAGGACAGAUAUUUCAUAUUUUGGUUAACAGUUUUUCAUAAAGUCAUGCCACAUCUCGAAAUAAUUUUUAAACAACUGCAGACGAUUUAUACCGACCCUAUCAAGGCUAAACAAGAUCUAAAAAACUUUAAAAAUGUAAUGCAAAAAAUUCGUAAUGAAAUAUAUAAAAUUAUUGACAAAAUAGACUCGGGGCUUUUAGAAACCGAAGAUGAACUUGUUCCUCAGAAAAGGCUUCGUUACCCUCGUUCCGAUCUAUCUGUUUCAACAAAUAGAAAAAUAGAAGCCUUGGAAGUUUGCGGUUCCAUUAUAAAACAGAUUAGAACACGAUUCACUUUCACAGGACAUCUGAUAGCUACCGCAUUAUUCAUGAAAGAACAUUUUAUCGAAUACCAAAAAAACUUUCCUGAUCAAUUGCUCUCUGACACAGUUAACGCAUAUCAAUUUCUAGAAAAAAUCGUCUAA